AUGCUGUUCAAGAAACGGCAUUCGGCUGAUGAACCGAUGAUUCAGGGCCGGUCGGCUUCCAGCGGACGUAGCCAGUUACCUAUGCUGCAUCUCCCAGACAAGAUGCGGUACAACUUGUUGUGUGUGAUGGGCGAGUUCGUGGGCACUUUCCUGUUUCUUUUCUUCUCUUUUGCGGGUACCCAGGUGUCCAAUACACCUAUGCCACCGCCUGGAUCUCCGCCGAAUACUUCGAACUUACUAUACUCGGCACUUUCCUUUGGCUUCGCAUUGACAGUCAAUGUCUGGGCAUUCUUCCGUGUCACCGGUGGUCUCUUCAAUCCCGCGGUAACUCUUGCCCUCUGUCUCACUGGUGGCAUGCCUCCGUUACGGGGGUUAUGCGUUUUCCCUGCCCAACUGAUUGGCGGCAUUGCAGCAGCAGGCGUAGUUUCCGCUCUGUUCCCCGGCCCGUUGAAUUGCGCAACCCGACUUGGCGGCGGCACAUCUAUUUCCCAAGGACUGUUCAUUGAGAUGUUCCUAACGGCGCAGCUAGUGAUUGUCAUCAUCAUGCUGGCCGUGGUGAAACACAAGUCCACGUAUCUGGCGCCGGUGGGAAUCGGUCUGGCAUUCUUUGUUGCCGAAAUGAUUGGUGAUUACUACACAGGAGGAUCUCUCAAUCCUGCUCGUUCACUCGGACCGGAUGUGAUCAACCGCACAUUCCCAGGAUACCACUGGAUCUACUGGGUCGGCCCUCUGCUAGGGUCCCUCCUUGCGUCUGGUUUCUACCAUCUUCUCUGCUUAGUGCGCUGGGAGAAAAUCAAUCCUGGGCAGGAUUAUAACGAAUGGGAAUAUCGGGCGAGAAAGGAGUCCCUGGCUGGUUCGGACAGCACUAUCACCGAUCGGGUAUUCGCAAACAACCCUGUCAGAGGGAAUCUGACGCCUGAAGAUCAGGUUUGA